AUGAGUGAGGGGAGUCGACGUUCAAGAAACACUCCUCGUGGUAACCGCGGCUAUCGCCAUAACAGUAGAUCAAGAGCUCAAGGUUAUGGGGGACCUUACGACAAGAAGGUGAAUAAUCAGCAGCGAUACCGUGAUACUGAUAAGAAUCCCUCGGUUCAUUUUCUCCCUAAACAUUUACAAAGGGUGAAUCCUUGGGAGAAUGAAGAAGCUAGCAGUGAUUUUGACCGCGAAGAUGUUUACGAAGACAGAUCUUCGUAUGAGGAGGCUUCCAAUAUCGACGUAAUUCGUUUGAAGAAGAAGGGUAUGAUAUUGAUGGCUCCUUCGCCGACUACUCCGAUUCUAAUCGUCCUUUUGACAAUCGUUACCCCUAUGACCGCAGCGAUCGUCAUCGUAACAAGCAGUGCGAUCGUUACGAAAUGUGUGAUCGGUGUCGGUUUGGCACAUGGCCACGUUGUUCUUGUGGCACGAGGAACACAAAGGGUAUGGGUUGUCGCGAUCAUCGUGGACGCGAAUCAGCGGCACAAUGGCAUGGAAAAACCAAAUGUUAUGCAUGUGGACGAACGUGCACCAUGGAGCGUGAGGAUGAACGUUACCCUCCCCGAUGCCGAACGCGAACGUCAACAUUACAUGGCUGAUCGCUCACCACGUUCACCACGUUAUGAGAAUCGUCGCCCUUUCGAAAUUUUCCAAGUCAUGAGGACUACAAUCGUGAACACCGUGGAUAUAAUCGUCAACCACGUCGUGGACAGCAAUCUAAUAAUGCGCGCAGAAUGA